AUGAAGAAGAAAGGAAACAACAACAACAACAACAACGUUAUCAACAUACUUGAAAAAGAACAAGAUGAGAUUAGUAGUAGUUUUGGAGUAGGUCGCCGUCAACAACAACAAGCACACCAAGUAGAUGACAACGACGAUGAUAGGAACAACGCAGACGUAGAUUAUUUUGGUAAUGCUACUCAGGUCUCUUCAGCUGAUGAUAAUAAUCAAUCUGAUGAGGACGAGGAUGAGGAAGAUGAAGAUAAAGAACAAGAUGAAGAUGAAGACUAUUACUAUAAAUCAAAAUUAAAGAAUAGACAAAGAAGAAAUAGUAAUAGAAAAUUAAAGAGGAGUAUACUGCAACUUGAAGAAGAAGAUGAACAUGAACAACCUCAAAUAAUAUCAUCAUCUGAUGAGGAUCCUCUUUCAACUCAGGCUGCACUAGAGUCUGCAUUGGUCAUGUCAAAAGAUACAGCUGCUGGUGUUUUGAGUGAAUGGUUUAAGCCAGUACCCGUUCUUUCUGCAACUCAAUUGGAACAACAAUUAAAACAAAAGAAACAACAACAACAACAACAAAAGAAUGCUACUACGAUGUCCCCUUCACAAACAAAACGAAUCAAAGUAUUAAACAUUGACAAGGUUAAUGAUAUCGAAAAUUUAAAUGAUAACAUUCUUUCAAGUAUUUUGGAAAGAAAGAAAAAUAAUAAUAAUCUUGUAAAGGGUACUAUAUUAUCAUCUUUAACUAAAAGUGGUGUAAUCAAUAAUCAAAGUAAUAAUGGUUCUAAACAAUCAUCAUCAUCAUCAUCGACAUCUACAUCAUCGACAAAACAACCUAUUAAAUCACCUGCACCAACACCACCACCACUAAACAACAAAUCCAAUAGUAAUAAUAGUAGUAGUCCAAAACCAACACCAACAGCACAAAACAAACCCAAUGGUAGUCCUAAACCUAUGACUCCAAACAAAACUAAUAGUAAAACCAACAGCAGCAGUAUUAAUGGUAGUCCUAAACAGACACCAACUAAACUAAUAUUUACAUCACCAAGUACUCCUACUCCAUCAACCAUUUCUACAACAAAUAAUAAUAAUAAUCAAAAUAAUCAUACACAAUUUAAUAAUGAUGGUACACCAAUUUUUACGUUACCACCACCAUGUUCACCAUUUAAACUUGUUACACAACAAGAUACACCAUUAUCAACAUGUAAAUCCAAUAAUAGUGAAGAUUCAUUUGAAUUUGAUCUUUCACCCUAUUCUAUCCCAUCUACUCCUUUAUAUGCAUCACCAUUUAAACCAAUUGGAAUUUUCGAUCCACAAACUGCAGCCGAACAACCUUCACAAGACUCUUUUUCAUUUAGUUUUGAUAGUCAACAUAAUAAUAAUAAUAAUAAUAAUAAUAAUAAUAAUAAUAAUAAUAAUAAUAAUAAUAAUAAUAAUAAUAAUAAUUAUAAUAGUAAUAAUUUAUUCAAUUUAUUUUCUCAACAACAAAAUCAAACCGCUCCAUUGUCGGGUCCAACUCAUCAUAAUAGAUAUGAAAGAUUAAUAGCAUUACAUAUAAAUUAUGAAAUAGUAGAUCAUCGACCAUUUAACAUUCACAAAAAGACAAUUAGAGGAUUAGAUGAAAAGCGUCAAAUCGAGAGAACCGUCAUUUUAUUUGGAGAAUGGAUUUAUACACCCAUUCAAGCAGGUGAUAUUUUCAAUGUUAUAGGAGAGUUUGUAAACAAUCAAAUAGAAAUUACGAAUCAAAAAAACCUUUUGGUUUUGCAUCCAGAUAUUUUAAUCACUGGUACCGAAUUGGGUGGUAGUUUUUCAUGUUCACGUCGGUCACUGUUAAAGAAUCAAUUCUCUGGUGAAUAUUCAUUGGUACCAUUGUAUGGAAACAUUGUACAUGAAAUCUAUCAAAAAUGUCUUGCCAGCAAUCGAUUCACAAUCGAUGCAAUCAAUAUCUACAAGAAUGAGGUUCUACUCGAUCCCAACUAUUCACUCAAACUUUCAUCGUUGGGUGUGACACAUCAAGAAGCACAUCAACAUGUUGGUCAGUGGGUUGAUGUGAUUGCCAGUUGGGGCAGUUUGUUCAUGUCAUCUCAAAACAGUAAGCGGAAUAUCAUGGAGAUUGAUGGUAAAAAUUAUCACGUUCAAAUAACCAGGGUAUUGGAUAUAGAAGAAAAUAUUUGGUCUCCCAUGUAUGGUCUCAAGGGUAAAAUAGAUUCGAGUGUCGAAGUUAAAUUGACUCCUCCCUAUGAUCCAAACAAUGCCAAAAAAGGAAAAUUUCAACCUCCAACAGAAAAACCAAUCUAUUUAAACGUUCCACUAGAAAUUAAAACUGGUAAACCUUAUCAAGUUCCAUUUAUUUCUCAUGUUUCUCAAGUUUUAAUUUAUAUUUUAAUGAUGAAUGAUAGAUAUAAUCAAAAUACAACUUUAGGAUUAUUAUAUUAUUUAAAAAACAAAAAUGAAAAGGUUGGAAAAAAUUAUGGUAUUAUGCAUCCAAUCUUACCAAAUGUUAAUGUUCUUCGUUCAUUAAAUGUUGCAAGAAAUAUUUAUGUAAAUUAUUUAAAUCAAAAUGCAAGACCAGUUCUCGUCCCCAAUCCAGUUUUACCAAAUAUGCUCAAAAAUCCACACUCUUGUUCAAAAUGUUUCUUUUCCGAUUGUUGCCUAAUCUAUCACAAAUCAAUUGAAAAUGGAACCCCAGAAUCAAGUGGUGUUCCUGAUUUAUUUAAAUUUAAAACUUCUCAUUUAAAACAAACUCAUAUAGAUUUUUUAAAGAAAUGGAACAAAUUAAUUACAUUAGAAUCAGAAUCAAAUAAGAAUCCACUUAUUCAUCAAACUUGGAAUUAUCCACCAAUUGUAAAAGAAGAAAAAGGAUUUUGUAUAGGAUCAUGUGAACUUUUAGAUGAAAAAGUUGUUAGUGGAGGAGUGAUUUAUAAUUUUUUUAUUAAAUCAAAUGCUACCAAUAUAUCAUUUUUCCAAGGUGAUUAUGUUACAAUGAGUAUAGAAAACUUAUAUUAUGGAAUGGGUUUUGGACAAGUUCAAGAAAUGAAAGGAAAUGAAAUAUCAAUUGUUUGUCGUGAAAAGAUAUCAGAACCACCAACUAUAAUAGAACAAUCACAUGACCAAAAAUCAAACAGUAGAGUAAAAUCAUUGAUUGAAGUUGAAUAUGAAGAUGAUUAUUCUCAAAGUACCCAAAGAAAAUAUUUUUCAAAAAGAGACAUUUUAAAUAGAAAGCAAGGUACAAAUAAUCAAUACACUUGGAGAAUUGACAAGGAUGAAAGUUCAUCUAGUACAUCGAUUAUUAAAAAUAAUCUGUUUCAACUCUUUAUGCCACCAACUAUCAACGACGAAAGAGAAAGACAUAUGGCAAGAUUAAGAGAAUUAUUGGUUGAUCUUGUUGAACCUCAAUUUGAUCCAAAUCAUUUAAAUAAUAUUGAUCAAAAUUUAUUCAAUAAUUUAAAUAAUGAUCAAAGAUUAGCAAUUAAAAAAGUAUUAUCAGCAAAAGAUUAUGCUUUGAUAUUGGGAAUGCCAGGUACAGGAAAAUCAACAACGUUAUCACAAUUGGUAAAGAUUUUGUCUUCACAAAAAAAGACAAUGUUGAUUACAUCGUAUUCACACGUUUCUUUAGACAACCUUUUAAUUAAGUUUGUCGAAGCUGGCGUGGAAAACUUUCUUCGCCUUUCAUCAAAUAUCAACCAAGUUAACCCUGCCAUUCAAAAAUAUACAAUUGAUGGAUACCAAAAACAAUUGGUGACAACCGACAUUAUUGGCGAAAUGAAAUCAUUCCUCGAGAAUCAAACCAUUGUGGCUACUACAUGUCUUGGUAUCAAUCAUCCUUAUUUUAAUCCAACCCGUGUAUUUGAUUAUUGUCUCAUUGAUGAAGCAUCUCAAAUUACUCAACCAAUUUGUUGGGGUUUAUUUAGAUAUUGUAAAAAGUUUAUUUUAUUUGGUGAUCAUUAUCAAUUGCCACCAUUAGUAAAUAAUGGACAAUCAAAAAAAUUAGGAAUGGAUGAAAGUUUAUUUAAACAUUUAAAUUCAGCUCAUCCAAAUUCUGUUAGUUUUCUUUAUUAUCAGUAUAGAAUGAAUAAUGAAAUUAUGUCAAUAUCGAAUCAUUUAAUUUAUAAUAAUCGAUUAAAAUGUGGUGACGAGAGAGUUGCCAAGGGUAUUAUGAACCAAUUGGAUGCUGACAAGAUAAGACAAUCCAAACAAGAGGAUUGGGUCAUUCAAUGUUGUUUACCCGAGAAUAAGGUUUUAUUUGUAGAUAUUGAUCAAUUGCCAAAUUCAAAAGAGGAAUCUAUUGGUGAUUUGUAUUACAACCAAACAGAAGCAAAGAUGAUUGGGCAAUGUGUACGUUUACUCAUAGAUGCUGGAGCGAGUCAAUCGUCGAUUGGAAUCAUAUCACCAAACAGAAUUCAACUUAAAUAUCUCAAACAAGAAAUGGACGCCAAUACAUUGGUCGAUAUUUUUACAAUUGAUAGAUACCAAGGAAAGGACAAGGACUGUAUCAUCAUCAGUAUGGUCAGAAAUAACGAUAAAUCAUUAAUUGGUGAUCUUUUAAAGGAUUGGAAAAGAUUAAAUGUAUCAGUGACAAGAGCUAAAAAGAAAUUAUUAAUAUUUGGUAGUCGUUCCACUUUAACUACUGAUCCUCUCUACCAAGAUUUAAUUGAUCAUUUUAAAAAACAUAAUUGGAUUCUAACAAUAAACUAA